AUGCCUCAAUACAGAAACGGCCAGAGUGUUAUCUACAAGCCUGUUGGCGGUCCCGACUCAAGGACCUCCGAAAGCAUCGGCACCGUCCAGUCUGUUCUCACCGAGCCCGGAACCCAAGCUGGCCGGAACGUUGAUGCGAGUGAGGAGAACCCCCAGAUAUGA